UUGCUGGGACUCCUGUGGUUUGAAAUUAAAAUUCGGGUCAGCGGUAGUUUUAGCGCCAAAUUCCAAAAUGGCGAUGUCAUCAGAUCGUAUCAAGGAGAUCGAGGAGUUUUGCAAUCUGAGGCGACGGCCAUCCAAACGGAAGACAACAAAAAGGCCGUUCAAGAUCGUACGUACUUGGAGAACAUCCGAUUCCACGGGGCCUGCUGAAACAGUAAAGGAUGAUGAAAGCUCUUCAGUCAUUGCACCUGGAUCUCAAACAAAAAGUCCUUUGGCACCAAAAGCACCCUUGUCUGGCAAUGUACACCUCCCUCCAACAUCGCCCUCCUCUGCCUGCCCAUCAACACCACAACCAAAAUUACCUGGGUCUGCAUCAAAGAUACCUCUUCCAAGCUAUACAAACUCCCCUAUGGAUGAGCAGGCAAAUCAACCGUCUUCCCCUAUAAAUGAGCAAGCAAAUCAACUGUCUUCCCCUAUAAAUGAGCAAGUACCUCAUCUAAUUUCCCCUUUGAAUGAGCGAGUACAUCACCCGUCUUCUCCUUUGAAUGAGCAAGUACAUCACCUGUCUUCUCCUUUGAAUGAGCAAGUACAUCACCUGUCUUCCCCUUUGAAUGAGCAAGUACAUCACCCAUCUUCCCCUUUGAAUGAGCAAGUACAUCACUCGUCUUCCCCUUUGAAUGAGCAAGUACAUCACCCGUCUUCUCCUUUGAAUGAGGAAGUACAUCACUCGUCUUCCCCUUUGAAUGAGCAAGUACAUCACCCAUCUUCCCCUUUGAAUGAGCAAGUACGUCACCCGUCUUCUCCUUUGAAUGAGCAAGUACAUCACCUGUCUUCCCCUUUGAAUGAGCAAGUACAUCACCCAUCUUUCCCUUUGAAUGAGCAAGUACCUCAUCAAUUUUCUCCUUUGAAUGAGCAAGUACAUCACCCGUCUUCCCCUUUGAAUGAGCAAGUACAUCACCCGUCUUCCCCUUUGAAUGAGCAAGUACAUCACCCGUCUUCUUCUUUGAAUGAGCAAGUACAUCACCCAUCUUCCUCUAUUGAUAUGCAAGCUGAAUGCCUGAGCCCUAUAUUCCAAGCUGAGAAGCGAUACUCUGUCUUACAAGACACUGUCACACAGAAAAAAAGGACUGAUGGUAACAUGACAGACAAACAAUCUCCAAGCAACCAUCCAAGUGCACAAGCCAUGCCAAGCACCGCAAAGAGUACAAGUGUGCAGAACAUGUCAGACUUCUCAGAGAGUGCGAGACAACACCUCAUAUCAGACUUCUCACAGAGUGAGAGACCAAAUAUCACUUCAGACUUCUCUGAGAUUGCUUCUAGCACUGUACAAAAUUCUCCAAGUAAUACACAAGAUUCAAUUCUCAUCUCCCAAGAUAGCAGUGUGAUUGCCGAUCAACAUGAAAGAUCAACACAGAAGAUCAACCAGCUGGGCAAUAAGAGAAGGCUGCAGGGAUUCAAGAGGCAUCAUGAAGAAAAAUCAGCUGACAAAAUAUUGGUGCGGCUGUACAAUGCUGACCAAGGAAGAAAAGUUGCCAUCUCUGACAUCUCAGAGCUUGAUGUCGCAUUGACACAUAUUGAAAGACAGUGCCUUGAACACAGGGAGGAAGUUGAAUCAAGUUUUUCAAGACAAGCAAUCAAGGAUCAUUUUAUUCACAUAAGAAAAGAACUAAGUGAAGCAAUUGAUCAAGUAAAAGAGUACAACAAACUAAAAUAUGCGGACUCUGAGGUGAACAGAAAAGUUGAAAAAAUGAAGAGAGAGAUAGCUGCUGUACAACAGAAAAGAGCAAGAACAAGGGAUGAACUUCAAGCGGCAAAGAAAAAUGGAAACAAACACAAGAUGAUGUCAAAUGACCUGACGGUGGUCAGCACGUUUCUCUACAAUCUUGAAUACUUAAAAAGUGCUGAAGAUAAUGUACUAUCAUUGGCCCCAAAGGAUGUCCAUCCAACAAGGGACCUCCCUGGACUCCUGUGCAGUACUCAAAGCGUCCUGUCAGCUGUAGCGGGAUUGGAGAACGUCAACGACUCCCUCGAGGUGUGGCUAGCCCAAUAGUGAUUCUUCGACCAUGUGCAAGAUGAAGAAUAAAGAAAUGAAUAUUAAAAGAGUGACCGCUA